AUGAUCAACCCUAUCAAUCCUCAAGUCAGACCCCCUGACUCUUUCCGUCGAGAUGAGGACGAGACCCAAAGUGAAAACGAGGCAGAAAAUCAGAAUCAGAACGAUGAAGAAGAUACAGAUACAUUUUCAUCUCAAAACGUACCUUCCAAUCAUUUCAGUAAAUCUCAUUCCACCCGGAUGUCCCUCAUUCCAGACUGUGACUCCGACGACGAUGAUGAUCUUUCUGACCUCGACUUUGAUUUUGAUCUGCAAUCAAGAGAGAUAGACUUGGAAUGGGACAUCAUGUCUUCCGUUGUAGCUCGGAUUUCAGGUAGACAAGUCAAUCCGAUAGAGUCUUUGCAAGAAUUAGGAAUUGUUAAUCCUCAAGAAAUAUUACUGGUCAAGAUUGAUCCUACUUUUGAAGAAGAUGCAGCGCUUGAAGCAAUGCACGAUUUUAAAAGAUAUCAUCAUCCUCAAUUUCCUUCUCAACCUCCACCACAUAUGUUAUCCCGAUACCAUCAUCCUGAAGAAAUCGGAGAAACGCAUCGUGAUCAUGACGAUCAACCUGAGAGCGUAGGGGAAGGAGCGAGGGAAUUGGAAGUGAUGGAAGAUGGAAGAGGGGGUUUAGUCAAAAGGAUCGUCCUUAACCCUCCUGCAUCUUUCCUACAAGCGGCAGCUUUGAUAUCGAUACCGAACGUAAACGAACCUAUAGGUUUCGGUCCAGGUGGUCAAGCUGUCAUGGGACAUUCACAAGCUGUUUUACUUUCUCCAAGUCCCCUAACCCCUCCUACUUCUUCCGAUACUUCAUCGCCUAAUGGAGUGGAUGAUGGUACAGGACAAUUGGAGAUUCCGGGAUUACAAAGUUUAGCUGGUUUAUCAACCGAUUCACCAACACCUUCAAACUCAGGGAUUGGUCAACAAGGUGUACCAUUUGAGGUUUCCCCAAGUUCUUUAGUUGUCCCAAGUAGUACACAAACUCCAUCAUCAAUUUCUAAUCCUUCCGUCUCCAGUGUAGAAACCUCAACAACCAUCCCAACUCAAACUUCCUCAUCCAUCACGACAGAAAAUACAGACACGUCGACCCCUACCUCCUCCUCCACCCUUUCUUCGUCCCCCAACACUAGGGUCUCAUCUAUUAAUCCAACUUCAUUAUCACAUACCACCCUCCCUACUCUGGCUGCAGUCAUAUCAACCUCUCUCUCCAUCUCUUCCCCAACCAGUUCCAACACCAAUGCCACCAUCCCUCCCUCUUCCUCUUCGACAUCCGGCUUCACUCAUUCAGUAGGGUUCAUAAUGUUAAUGGUAUUACUAGGUCUUAUCCUUAUCGGAGCCUUAGCAACUCUGGUUUCUUUCUUAAGUCGACAAUGUCGUUCUGAACCAGAUCACGAAGAUGGCUUAUCGGACAUUGUGAAUUCUUUCACUCAUUCACCUUCAAGAACUUCUUCUAUAAGAUCUAUGAGAUCUAACAGAUCAACUUUCGAUAAUCCCGCAAGCUCUUUACAAAGAAGAGCAAGCGCUUUCGCUUCUGUCACAGGUCAAAGUCCUUUUUUACAUUCCGGUACGGCGUUUGAAGGAUAUGAUGAAGAACAUGAAGAAGAAAGUAUGGGAGUUGAACAAUUAGGUCAUGAGAUGGAUGGGAUGGGAAAGUUGGAAGUGAGGAAUGGAAUACCUGAAGAGAUGGUAGGACAGUAUAGACAAUCUGGAGAAUUCAAAAGAUCUGGGGAAUUUGGAACACCACGUGAAUCUGUACCGGGUUCUACACCUAGGUUCAUGGGGUUAGAAGACGGGGGAUUAGAUACUCCUUGGGGUAAACCUCUCGAACCAACUCAUAAUCCUUACCUAGCCGCACUACACAACCCCGAUCCCGAUCCCGACCCUUUACAACCUCCCUUCUCUUCCCCUCCCGCAUCAAUAACGGACCAUCCUACUCGAGCAUCCACAUGGGCUUCUAACCUCCGUCAAACUCUUUUCUCAGCGAUAACAGGUCGUCCUUCCGAACCUCAAGAAGAUCGAUACACUCGUACCGUUCUCCCCCUCCAUCGAAAUUCUACCCGACGAAGAGAUAUAUCGGCACCGAGUCGGUAUGUCGAACAUCAGAAAAGAGUCGGAGGGUUUGAGGUCAUCGAUGAGAAAGAUGAGAGUCCAUGGAUGGGGUCUGAGAUGACACCUGGAAGUGUGAGGGAACGGGGGAUGGUAAGACGGGAUAGUGAGUCGCCAGGGGUUGAAGAGUUGGUGAGAGGGGAGAGUAUGAGGAGUGUGGUAAGAGGGAAUAGUAUGAGAAGUGUGGUAAGAGGAGAUAGUAUGAGAAGUCUGGAUGAAUUGGGUCAUUAUGUCGUCUAA